AUGUUCAGAAAUCCAAGGGAGAAUUGCGCUCUGCCUGAGACACUGCAAUUGGUGCCCUCUACCGGCCGCGCCCCCUCGCCACCCCGCGUCUCGUCUUACGUCGCUGACAUGGCUGUCAAAACUGCAAUCCCUACAAAUACAUCCAAAUCGAAGACAGCUACGCCACCCGCGAAAAAGAAAAUUACACAAACAACGCUCGUUUCUUCGGACUGGGCCAAGAAGUCAUCUGCAAAUCAUGGUCGGAGGCCGAAACCGCAAACGCCGGCAAAUGGAAACAUUAUGGCCUUCUUCAAGAAGGCAGAAGAUAUCAACAAUCGCAUAUUCCUCCAGGAACGUGGAAGCAAUACGACCGUUGUGUUGGACGGGACAGAAGAGGAUGUUGGCUGGAGCGAUGAUACUGAUACUGGGCAUUACAUGGGUACCCCAGACAGUGGCGAGGAGCGAUACAAUGAGAAUGGUGGCAGCCACAAGAAAAGGAAGACAUAUGAAGAACCUGUAACAACAGUAUUGGCACAGUCCCCGCCUCUUCCACUGCCCGAUGAGAGUGUUCCCUCGGACGGGUCAAAGGCUGUGGAGGUGCCUAAGCAAGCACCCAAAGCACGCAAGAAAUCUGGACCCUUUAUAGACGACUCUGACUCCGACUCCGACGCCUCUGAAGUCGAAGAAUCAGUUGAGCAAAUGCAAAAUGUAUUGGUCAGCAUCAAAUGUGAGGACGCACCCGAAAGCACAAGCCCUGGUAACGCAAACAUCGACGUCGCUGGAACACCCAUUGUUCAUGUACCUCCACUGUUGAAGUCUGAGGGUACAUCGCAAUUUGGCGAUGAAGACUUUGACGAAUUUCAAGACCUUGAAGACGAUGACUCACUUGAAGGCGAAGAAUAUGACGAGCGGCGUUGGAUGAAGGCGCAAAGAGAACUGGAGAUGCAGGAAGCUGGGUUUGAAGGUGAUCCCGACAAGUUUGAUGCGCCGCAAUUGUUCCCUGACUCUGGAACCGAUGUGGUCAUGCUCAAAGAGCCAGCUCAAGAUGCCGGCGAUGCGCCCUCCUGCCCCAUCUGUAGCAGCACCCUUUCCGGUCUUGCUGAGCGAGAGAUAUCCCAACAUGUCAACGCUUGCUUGGAUGGAAGUCCUCUACCGAAAACUCAAGCCAAGAAUGAACGAGAGACAACCCCCACCACUACCAGUAAAGCCUUUAAACGGCCGAUCCGGCCCGCUAAGCCGGCGCAGACAAAUCCAUUUCAGAUCUCAACACUCAGCUCCGAGCCCAAGUCGGCGUUUUCGAAGUUGAUGGCUGGUCAUGCGGAAGAUGCUGCUUGGGCAACUGCCGCUGCUGAGAACAACGCAUCGCGAGGGAAGCCAGCCUUUCAGCGCACCUGCCCUUUCUAUAAGAUCAUGCCUGGAUUCUUCAUCGCCGUUGAUGCAUUCCGUUAUGGAGCAGUGAAGGGUCAGAACGCAUAUUUUCUGAGCCAUUUCCACAGUGAUCACUACAUUGGGCUCACGUCUUCAUGGGCUCACGGCCCCAUCUACUGCAGCAAAGUCACUGGAAAUCUUGUUCGACAGCAACUCCGUGUUGACCCAAAAUGGGUCGUCGAUCUCGACUUCGAGAAGAAGACAGAGGUACCCGGCACACAAGGCGUACAUGUCACGAUGAUAUCAGCAAAUCAUUGCCCGGGCAGUUCAUUGUUCCUUUUUGAAAAGGAAACGGGACAAGGAAAGAUGAUGAAGCUUCAACGCGUGCUACAUUGCGGUGACUUCCGCGCUUGCCAGGCACAUAUUGAACACCCACUGCUCAGACCUGACGUACUAGACGCGGUCAGUGGCAAAAAUCGAAAGCAAAAGCUGGAUGCUUGUUACCUUGACACGACCUAUCUCAAUCCCAAGUACGCUUUUCCACCACAGCAGCAGGUUAUACAGGCUUGCGCAGACAUGUGUGUCAGUCUCAACAAGGUAAAUGCAGACGAAUCAGACGGAUGGGAGCAAAUGAAGCGAGAGCGAGCUGGUCAAGGCAUGGUCAAAUUUGUGCGCAAAGACUCCAACAUAAGAAACCCAGACGAGCCCAAAAGUCCCCAAAGAGGCCGUCUCCUCGUCAUCGUAGGCACCUACAGCAUUGGGAAAGAGCGAAUAUGCACUGGUAUUGCCAAAGCUCUGAAGAGCAAGAUCUACGCUCCUCCCAACAAACAACGAAUCUGCAAGGCCCUCGAAGAUCCGGAACUCGAUGCCCUCCUAACAACAGAUCCAAGAGAUGCGCAGGUGCACAUGACACCUCUUUUUGAGAUCCGUGCCGAGACCCUUGACGACUAUCUGCGUGACUAUGCCGACACCUUCUCCCGCGCCGUCGGUUUUCGGCCCUCUGGCUGGAACUACCGCCCACCAAACAGUCGAUUCACUGAAUCCCCUGCCGUGCAAACAGUCCUGCACUCGCAGAAUUGGAAAAGCAGCUUCUCUAUGAAGGACCUUGCGCCACAACGAGGCAGCACCAGCCGUGCAAGCUGCUUUGGUGUGCCCUAUAGUGAACACAGUAGUUUCAGGGAGCUUUCCAUGUUUUGUUGUGCGCUUAGGAUUGACAAAAUCAUUCCUACAGUCAAUGUGGGGAGUGCGAAGAGUAGGGAAAAGAUGAAGGCUUGGUGUGAGAGGUGGGCUGUGGACAAGAAGAAGAACGGGCUGUUCAAGCUGGGGAAAGAUGGGGAAGGUCAAGCCAUGUCAAGGUUGACCGCCAAACCUGUGCGAUCGUUGCCCCCACCAUUCGAUACAAGUAUGCAUAACGAAGCUGGGGUGAAUAUUCCGUGGCAAUGGCCUCAAGAACGCAGGAACGGCUCGGAGACGAUGUCCGGGAGGAGGGCACGCAUACCACAACUCGAUCUUUGUCUGGCAAUGUGUACUGCCAGGGUAGGCGACGGGUGA